AUGCUAACUCCUCAUAGUCGAAGGCUUGGUCAUCACUGUCCCAAACAAUGCCACUUGGAGAGCAGACACUCCCACUACAGUCGUUGCCUUCUUACUUUGCUCAGCUCAGCCUGUUCUACAGUUACAGCCUUUGAUCCAGCAGCUCUCCAGCAGUUCCCAAGAGACUCUUUGAGUAACUGGCUGAAGCACCGUCAUGUGACUACAGCUCUGACAGUCUGUCUGCUUGAUUCCUCCCAGAUGGAGUCAACAGAGGAAACAGAAUCAGGAAACCACACUCUGCUGACUGAAUUUGUCCUCUCUGGAUUGUCCAACCGCCCAGAACUGCAGCACUUGCUGUUCUUCACAUUCUGCUUAGUUUACACCAUGACUGUCGUUGGGAACCUUCUCAUCCGCGUGGUCACGGUGCACCCCACCCUCUGCACGUCCAUGUACUUCUUCCUCCGGGUCCUGGCCUUCCUGGAUGUUUCCACAGCAUCCACUGUUGUCCCCAAGAUGCUGGUAAGUUUCCUGUCAGAGGACAGGAGCAUCCUCUACGUGGGCUGUGCCACGCAGCUCUACUGUGUGAUUUUCUUCGGAGCCACUGAAUGGUACCUUUUGGCAGCCAUGGCCUAUGACCGUUACGUGGCCACAUGCAACCCCCUGAGAUACGCUGUCAUCAUGAAUGCCAGAGUUUGCCUUUCCUUGGUCCUGCUGUCCUGCUGCAGUGGCAAUGUUGUGUCUGUGGUGCAGACAGCUUGGGUGUUCACGAUGCCCUUUUGUGGGCCCAGGAAGAUUAACCACUUCUUCUGUGACAUUCCCCCGCUCAUCCUGCUCUCCUGCACUGACACCUCGCUGUAUGAAAAGCAGACGGUUGCAGCCACAGUGCUGGUCAUCUUCACGCCAUUCUGCCUCAUCCUGGUGUCCUAUGCCUGCAUCAUCUCCAGCAUCCUGAAGAUUUCCUCUGCAGAGAGCAGACACAAGACCUUCUCCACCUGCUCCUCACACCUUAUUGUUGUAAUAUUGUACUGUGCAAGUGGAACCUUGAAUUACUUAUGACCGAAUUCCCGUAAUUCACAAGACACUAAGAAAGUUGUUGCUGUCGUAUACACAACCAUAAUUCCCAUGUUAAACCCCCUGUUUUACAGCCUGAGGAAUAAAGAAGUGAGAGAAGUACUAAUCGUAACUAUGGCUGUGUUGGUGAAGAAAUAA